AUGGAUGGACGACGACGACGAGAUCCAGUUCAUGUGGUGGAUUCCGGAGAGGUGCGAAGAAGCCCGGGCAAGAGAAAGGCUCAAAACCGAGCUGCCCAGCGAGCCUUCCGCGAACGCAAGGAGAAGCAUCUCAAAGACCUCGAGGACAAGGUUGAUGAACUUCAGAAAGCGUCCGAGGCAGCCAACAACGAGAACUCUGUACUUCGCUCACAAGUCGACAAGAUGACGUCUGAGUUGGCCGAGUACAAGAAUCGCUUCGCCGCCAUGAACAGCCGAUCUGUCUCACAGAGCAAGACGACAGGUCUUGGUUUCGGCGCGUCUGCCCUUGGCAACUUGAAUGACGUGAACUUCCAAUUUGAAUUCCCCAAGUUCGGCGUCUUGCCCGGACCACCAGUUGCUACCAAGGCCUCCCCGCAAAACUCAACUGCAUCGGUUUCGCCUCACCAGUCUUCGGCCCGCAAGCCUAUGAGCCCGCCUCAAUCAAAGUCGAGCAGCGAAAGUCCUCUCGGCGUUGGUUCCGAUCUCAACGCACUGCCCAAGGAUGACAUUUCCAGCUUUUCGUCUUUCUUCAACCCUGCCAUCACACGCGGCUCCAUGUCGACUUCGCGCGCUAGCGUUGAUUCCAACCCAUACAGCUUCAACAAUGGCACCGCUACCAGCUCUCCAUCGUCAUCAACGCAGUCGAACGCUGGCCCCAGUUCGUCAUGCGGGACAUCUCCUGAGCCGUUCACUCAGUCGCCCAUGGGCUUCAAACCUGUUGAAACCAUGACGACAAUUGGCGAGGAGCAGACAGCAUUGACCACGGGUCAAAACAGCAAUAGCAGCAACAGCAACCUGGGCCACUUUGCAAGUGUCGAAAACAGCAGCUUUGACUGGCUUGCUCAGCAAAACGGUGGUCAAUUCGACCCCCAACUUUUCGGUGAUUACCGCGAGACACAGACUACUGUGCUUCCUACGGCAACGUUUGACGACAGUUUCUUUAAUGAUGCUCUCGACACGGAUUUCUUCAUGCCAUAUAACAUGGCCCCCAGCCCGGCUGUUCCGAAGAAGAGCAACAACUUGAUCGAUCAGAUUGACGCGGCGAACAACGCAGACGAUGAGCUGGCUAAGCCUGAUCAGAUUGAAACCAACUACGGUUGCACCAAGGUUUGGGAACGACUACAAAACUGUCCCAAGGUGCAGAAUGGCGAGUUUGACCUCGAUGAUCUUUGUUCCGAGUUGCAGAAGAAGGCCAAGUGCUCCGGUCAAGGCCCCGUCGUCUCGGAAACAGACUUCCAAAAAGUGGUUCAGAAAUGGAUGGGCAAGGACGCGGCAUGUGUCGGCCCCCCUGCGCCCGUCAACGCCAGCCAGCAUUGAGGAGCGGCAGCCAAAAAGGCCCUUUGGCAACGCGGAGCAGUGACCAGCAAAUAAUGGUCUGAUAACGAAACGGCGUUUUUUCUGCUUAUUGGAUGAAAAUGGCGGUCCCUGGUUCAAGAAGAGCCCGAACCGACCGAAUAUCACAGACGGAAGGAACAUGGAUGGGGCGAACGGUCUUCUUUUGAGACAUUGGGUUGAGACUAGUUUGGUAGGUAUGCAACGGGCAGGCGGCAUCAAUUGUUAGCCUCGACCCUCACAACACGGUCAGAAGGCGG